GUUCGUCACCAUGUCCUCUCCGCGUGUGAACACCAACAACAUCCCAGGCAUACCUAUAAAUACACACCUCACAAAACCACACGCUCCACACAGCUACCACUCAGCUCAAGCUCCAGACAAGGAACCACCAGCUCACUCCACUCCCACUCCCAGACUCCCAGCAGCAAGCUCAAGCAAGCAGUGAUCAGCAGCAGCAGCAGCAGCCAUGGACAUGGGCCGGCUCCAGCAGCACCAGCACGCGACCUGCUCGUCCUCCACCUCCACCUCGGCGUCGUCGACAUCCUCGUCCGAGCAGACCAUCAAGGCGGUGGUCUGGUCCCCGUCGUCCUCGUCUUCCCCGCAGCCGCCCAAGAAGCGCCCCGCGGGGCGCACCAAGUUCCGGGAGACGCGGCACCCGGUGUACCGCGGCGUGCGGCGCCGGGGCGCCGCGGGACGGUGGGUGUGCGAGGUGCGCGUACCCGGGAAGCGUGGCGCGCGGCUGUGGCUCGGGACCUACCUCGCCGCCGAGUCCGCGGCGCGCGCGCACGACGCCGCCAUGCUCGCCCUGGGCCGCGGCGGCGCCGCGGGGUGCCUCAACUUCCCGGACUCCGCGUGGCUGCUCGCCGUGCCUCCCCCGUCCGCGAUCUCGGGCCUGGACGACGCACGCCGGGCGGCGCUCGAGGCCGUCGCGGAGUUCCAGCGCCGCUUCGGGGCAGCAGCAGCCGGGGGGUGUGGGUCCGUCGACGAAGCGACCUCGGGCGUGUCUGCUCCCCCAUUGUCGACGUCGUCGCUGCCGGGCAUUUCCUCCGGCUCGCCGGCACCGGCGCCGGAGCUUCAGCAGGUGCCUGUGAAGGCAGGUGAAACAGCGACGGCGUUGGACGGCGACGUGUUCGAGCCCGCCGACUGGUUCGGGGACAUGGACAUGGAAUUGGAUGUGUACUACGCCAGCCUCGCGGAAGGGUUGCUCGUGGAGCCGCCACCGGCGCCGGCGGCUGCCUGGGAUCAUGGCGACUGCUGUGACGCCGGAGCUGACGUCGCGCUCUGGAGCUACUAGCAAGUUGCAAAUAAGCUUGACAAUCACUCAACUGAUUGUAUUGUACUCCGUAACAAAAUUCAAAUUGGUACCCAGCAAAUUAACUCCAAAACAGAUUGUCUUCGUUCCAUUUUUUUUUCUUGUCUUCCCCCCCUGUCUAUGUUUUUUUCCGAGGUCUGAGUUCCGACAGCUCGAGGCACUUGUUUGCAAAAAUUUUCAAGAUUCCCAGU